AUGGUGGAACAAGCCCAUCCUCUCCUGCACGGCUAUCAAAUCCAGGAAGAGACCGAACGAAGUCACGCAUACGCCACAACCCUGGGGCCGUAUAUGAGAGCUUUACUCCCUCGCUACCUGCAACCCGGCGGGCUCGAGUACGGAGGCAGGCCACACCCGACGACGUACCUGGAUUCACUGCGUGGGUAUGCCGCCUGGAUUGUCUUCAACUACCACCGAUUCCAGCUCAGCCAAUGGGGGAUAUUCAAGCUCCCAUUCAUCUGCACCAUCCACCGUGGGAAAGGCAUGGUCGAUGUGUUCUUCGUCAUCUCCGGCUUCGUGCUCAGCCAGGGCAUGCUCAAACAAAUCCGGGCACGGCAGAAGGCGACACUGAUGGACAGCCUUGCCUCGUCCAUCUUUCGAAGAUACCUGCGCCUCUACAUCCCCAGUGCGGUCGCCAGUUUCCUGUCCAUGUGCACCGUGUCCUGGAUGGGGGCGAAGCAAACGGCCCCUCGUCUCAAGAGCUUCUUCGCCCAGUUCUGUGACUGGUGCGCUGACUUUGCACGCUUCAGCAACCCCUUUGCCGAUCUGACGGGCUGGUGGUCGCGUGGGGGUGUCUUGACCAGCGCAUACCUCGACCCCUUGUGGACCAUUCCUGUCGAGUUUCGAGGUUCCAUGGUCGUCUUCGUCGUCUGUGCCGGCACGGCCAAGCUGCGCAGCAGGGACAGACUCAUCGUCUGUGGCGGCAUCGUGCUGCUGUCCAUGGCGUGGCAGGCGACCUAUGUGGCCCUGUUCCUGAGCGGCAUGUUCUUGGCCGAAGUCUCGCUGAUCAGAUAUCCUGAGCGCUAUCAGUCCACGAGAGGUAUGCUGCCACCGAACGAUAUGGCCGAGGACCUCUCACAAAAGCCCGCCGCCUUCAGAGGCCCCUACGUGGGCUACUACAUCUGCCUCUUCCUCUUUUCCAUCUUUUUGCUGGACAUGCCCGCCGAUCCGAAGAAAGCCUUCUUCCCCUGGCCGUACCUUUCGGCCAUGGUUCCCUCCUACUGGGACAAAGGGGCCCAGGAACAUUUUUGGUUCGUCAUCGCGUCGCCUCUUCUCAUCUGGAGCGUGGACUCGUGUCACCUCCUCCAAAAACCGUUCCUCUGGAAUUUCUCCCGAUACCUGGGAGAUCUCUCGUUCGGGAUCUAUGUGAUGCAUUACAUCGUCAUCAGGACUCUUUGGGACAAGGCCCUAUAUCCUUUUGUGAAGAUUCAUCUUAACAACUCGCCCUGGGCUUUUGUCCCAAUCACCAUCUUAAAUUGGCUGGCGGUCUUUUGGGUUGCCGACUAUUUCCACAGGCUGGACAGACGAAUAGUUCGGUUUGGACGAUUGUUGCAAGAAAGGUAUUUCGAGUCCUGGUAG